GCGGUUUUUAAUGUUUUUUCCAGGUAGGCAAUUAAUGACUGCCAACUCAACCAUUACCGGUCAAAAUUUCCAAUUUUAAAGAAAAGGAUUAAAAUUAAAAAAUAUUAUAAGUUAUAGGACUAAAAAUGAAAAUUAAUCCUCAACAGGACUAAAAUUAGAAAAAACAUAAGUUACAGGACCAAAAUAAUUUUCUCCUUUCUUGCUUUCUAUUUACUUGGCGAAGCAUUUUGAUAGUCAAUGGAAGAACAGAGGCGGUUCUCUUCGUUGUCCGAACUCUGCUCUCAAACUCCUACAGGUAGUUAAUUAUUAAUUACCUCGGGUGUUCUCUACUUACAUUGCAAAGAGAAUUAAGAGAGAUGAUUGAGUAUGAGUUUGUGUAUUGUUCUCGUUGAGCGGAGGAGAGCAGGAGGAGGCGCAGGUGAAGUUUUUAGAGAUCAUCGGAGAAUGAUGAGGCGAAGAAGAGGCGGCUGAGCGAUGCGCAGGUGAAGUUUUUAGAGAUGGGCUUCCAGAAGGAAAGGAAGCUGGAGUCGGGGCGGAAGGUGCAUCUCGCCGCCGAGCUCGGCCUCGACCCCAAGCAGGUCGCCGUCUGGUUCCAGAACCGCCGCGCGCGCCACAAGAACAAGCAGGUGGAGGAGGCCUACGCCGAGCUCAAGUCCGCCCACGACGCCGUCGGCCUCCAAAAAUGCCUCCUUGAAUCCCAAGUGUUAAAUUUGAAGGAGCAGCUUUUUGAGGCGAAGGAGGAGAAAAGGAAGCUGUCGUUGGGGAUCAACGGAGGAGCUUCCGGCCUCAGCAACGUCACCGCCGCAGGCGGCGGCAGCAGCAGCCCGAGCUCAUCCUUCUCGGUCGUCGGAGACCUCGGCUUGGAAGGAGUAGAAGGCGACUUCAUGUACGCGCACCAGCAGGAGCACGACUUCAACAAAUACAUGAUGGACUGGGCAAACUCUUACGGUGUUUAAUUAAUUAAGUACAUGUCUAAUCUGUCAAUUAUUGCUAUUAUUAAGGCCAUAAUCUACCCUUGUAGAUUAA